AUGCAGAUCAUCACCACGGCCCUGGUGUGCUUGCUGCUAGCUGGGAUGUGGCCGCAAGACGUGGACAGCAAGAGCAUGCAGGUACCCUUCUCCAGAUGUUGCUUCUCAUUUGUGGAGAAAGAGAUUUCCCUGCGGGCAAUCCAGUGUUACAGAAAUACCAGCUCCAGCUGCUCCAAUGAGGGCUUAAUAUUCAAGCUGAAGAGAGGCAACGAGGCCUGCGCCUUGAACCAGGCUAGAUGGGUUCAGAAUCACAUUAAAAAGCUGAGCCACUGCCUGCCAAAAAGAAAAUGA